AUGUUGGCCACAGCCGAUGAUAUCCAAAUAAACUUCUCUUCAGAAUCUACAGUAAGUUUUUUUGUUGUUUUAGGUUUGUAAAAUUUAAAAAAGGGCUAGUAAAAGGCAUGCUUGGCUUUAUAUAAAGGCUUUAAAAAGUCUUGUUGUCAUUUUACAUCGGCUUUCAAGUAAAAAAACGACAAGGUUUUGUAUGGCUUUUCUAUUGUCAUAGUUUGAGUGAUGUAGGUAUAGCCUCAUUAUACAGUUGAAAAACUGAAAUAUCUGAUUUUACUAACCAAAACUCCUAAUUAGUACGACGCCGAAAUGUCAUUUGUCCAACUCCGUGGCCUACUGGCUCAAUGUGCUCGGAAGUUCAAGGACGAACCGACCCUGUUGAGAGUGAACUAUCCAGUCAUGAUUGUGGGUGAUCUUCAUGGUCAAUACAAGGAUUUGUUGCGGAUUCUAGGCUUGUCCAGUUCGAAAACUGUGGAUGUUGCUAAGGAUAUCAAGAGGUACAUAUUCUUGGGUGAUUAUGUUGAUCGUGGACCUGAUGCCAUACCGUGCUUGAUCACGUUGAUGCAGUUGAAGGUGAAACAUCCGAAAAGUGUAAGAUGUUUUUGUGGUUUUUAGGUAUUAGAAGGUCGAUUUUUUGAAGUUUAGGUGACAGAACAUUGAUUUUUUGGUGUUUUGGCUACUAUAACAUCGAUUUUUUCGUACUUUAAGUACGAUUUCAUCGAUUUGUUGAUUUGUUCACCUACAAUAACAUUGAUUUUUUGAUGAUUCUCCUAGUAAAAUGAAGAGUACUUUCAAUCACAUCAUUGUAAACUAUUUUUACUUUUCAAAAUUUCAUAUUACAGUACAACCUCCUUCGCGGAAAUCACGAAACCGAGACAAUCAACGAGAAGUAUGGCUUUAAAUCCGAAAUCAACCGUCGUUAUACAAAGAAUUUUGAACAAAAAAUCUUGUUCCGUGAAUUCAAUGACAUGUUUGCAUGGAUUCCGAUUGCCGCCCUGAUCAGUAAUCGCAUAUUGUGCAUGCAUGGAGGUAUAUCACCGCGGUUGAAUAGUCUGGCUGAUAUUGAAAGGGUAAGGCAGGAUGGAUAAAAAGACAUUGCCAUUUUUAGAUUGAGCGACCAUUACUGAACGUAUUUUCUGUCCCAUUGGCUGGCAACUUGAUGUGGUCUGAUCCAGCUCACAUCGAGACAAAUUAUUCCUUCAAUACGGUGCGCGGAGUCAGCUGUUUCUUUAGCGAAAAAGCGGUUAUUGACACUUGUAAUCGACUGAAUUUGGACUUUAUCGUGCGUGGACAUCAGGUAUAUUCAAUUUUGAACGGUUGUUAUUUAAAGAUAAGUUACUGUAAAGCCAUUUUAGGCACUGUAAAAUGAAGUUUUUACAUCUUUGUUGCGUUUUAUAGGUAAUGAACAAUGGUUACUGGUUUUUCGCUGGCACAAAAAUGAUUACUGUCUUUUCGGCUCCACGUUAUUCUGCGGUAAGGUUUUACAUAACCUACUUCUACCCCACCCCUCCCUACUUCUACUCCUGCCUCUACCUCUACUUCUAUUCCUACCCUAAGGCCCUAACAUACCGACUGACAUGUUUCAGGACAGCAAAGGCGCAGUGAUGGUGAUAAACAAGAACAAAGAGUUUGGCUUUGUAUUCCUAGCACCAACCGAGAAGUUGAGCACCGAAAAAGCGUUCAAAGACAAGUUCGACUACCUAGACCGGCUACAAUAUGGUGAAGAUUUGAAUUUUUGCAAAAAUGCUGACAAAUCUGUGGAUACUCAAGGCGAAUUCUCAAGGUCAAUGUCGUCAAGAGUGGAUGGAGAUGAUAGUAGGAAUGAUGGGACGGACAACAAACGGUCGAAAAAGAAUGGACCAAUCAAGGAGACGAAUAAAAGAGGUAACAGCAAAAGGAAGAGUAGAAGAUGA